GGAGCGCAACGGCUGUGUUUUGCCUUUGCUCCGUGGUUAUAGCAGCAUGAAGGAGGUGAAGAGCGAGCGGGAGCGGGGAAGCCGGAGAAGACACCGGGACGAGGACAUAGUGGCCACGGCGGCGGUGGUGGUUAAGCAAGAGCGCCUCAGCCCGGAGGCCUCGCCUCCGGUUCACCGCCGCCCGGACUGCUCCCGCGGCAGCGCGUCCCCGCCAGCCAGCGAGCCAGGCCGCCCUGUUCACCGCGGGACCCGAGCCCGAGGACAUAGCCGGUCCCCGGCCAAAAAGAAAAAGUCCUCAGGGAGAAGAAGCAAGUCUCCUCGGAGUAACAGAAGCCGAAGUCCUCACCAUUCAACUGUCAAAGUGAAGCAGGAACGUGAGGAUCAUCCCCCCCGGAGAGAACGGGAGGAUCGGCAGCACCGGGAAGCGUCAGGACAGGAACACAGGCGAUCCAGGAACAGUGACCGAGACAGGCACAGGGGCCACUCCCACCAGAGGAGAACCUCUGGUGAGAGACCUGGUAGUGGGCAGGCUCAGGGACGGGAUCGAGACGUCCAGAACCUGCAGGCUCAGGAGGCAGAGCGGGAGUUUUAUAAUGCCCGACGGCGGGAGCACCGCCAGAAGAAUGAAGUCAGUGCCGGCGGUAAUGAGUCUCAGGAGUUGCUUCCUCCACCUGGUGGCAGAAACAAAGAGAAAGAGGUGCCUGUUAAGGAAAAGCCGAGCUUUGAACUUUCUGGGGCACUUCUUGAGGACACCAACACCUACCGGGGUGUAGUCAUUAAAUAUAGUGAGCCCCCUGAAGCACGUAUCCCUAAAAAACGGUGGCGUCUCUACCCCUUUAAAAACGAUGAGGUUCUUCCAGUCAUGUACAUCCACCGACAAAGUGCUUACCUGCUGGGGCGACACCGUCGUAUUGCAGACAUUCCAAUUGAUCAUCCCUCUUGUUCAAAGCAGCAUGCGGUCUUUCAGUAUCGGCUUGUGGAGUACACCCGUGCUGAUGGGACAGUUGGCCGCAGGGUGAAGCCCUACAUCAUUGACCUUGGCUCAGGCAAUGGAACAUUCUUGAACAACAAGCGCAUUGAGCCACAGAGAUACUAUGAACUGAAGGAAAAAGAUGUACUUAAGUUUGGGUUCAGCAGCAGAGAAUAUGUUCUGCUUCACGAGUCCUCUGAUACUUCCGAAGUAGACAGGAAAGAAGACGAGGAUGACGAGGAGGAGGAGGAAGUAUCUGACAGCUAGCGAACUAAGAAACAAACUCUUGAGAGACCUUUACUUUCUGCGAAGGCUUUGUGAUGGACUCCGGAGCACCAUGGUGCUCCUUGUAAUGCCUCUUAAUUGCCUUAAGUCUUUAUGUUUGGUUGGACUUUUUCUGUGACACGUCAGCCACUUGCCUGUGGGCAUCUGUUUUCAGAACAAUCUUCACCAACACAUCGUGUUUCGUAGAAGCAUUGUGGCUUUUAGUUGGUGCUUUCAGAACCGCUGCCUAGGAAACUACAAACCCUUGGCUAGAGGGAAAUUGUGGCUUGUUCUCUUUGUACAGUUACUUUAUUUAUAGGCUUUGUGAACUGGGUUUCUUUUGUUUUUGUUUCUGGGGCAAAUCCCUUAACAGAAUCUUUCUAAGCUUUGGUUAUCACCGAAACAGCCUCCUGUAUAUACCAAAGCUUUGAACUGGUUGAGCUCUUGAGUCACAGAAGUUGAUUUUGCACUUCUUUUUUUGGGGGGGGGGUCGGGGGGGGGGAGUUUACCACAUGACCUCAUUGUUGACUGCUGGGCUUAAACAGAUGCUUUACGGAGUCUGAUGGAGCAUGUGACUUUGCAGGAAGAUCACGACACUGCCCGCGGGUGCUGAGUUCAUGGCCCAGGAGGCUGGGAUGCAUUGUGCAGCGGUUUCCUGUGAGAAUUCUGAUUUCUCCAUGCAGCGUGUACAUAACAAUUUUGAUCACCUUAUCUUUUCUUCAACUUUGUAUUUUUAUUGAAACAUUCUCUUUUUUCCCCCUUUUUUGAGGAACACUGUCAUUAUGUGGCAGGGUCCUUGCUUUAUUCUAACACCGUGUGUCUAUGUCUAAAGAAGGUUGUGUAUUUACAUUUCAUCUUUUUAAAAAACAUUUAGAGACGUUGUAUUUACCUUCCCAAAGCUGGAAAGCGCGGGAAUCGCCCACCUUCCUAAUUUUCCACUAAAGGGAUCUGUGUAAGUAGAAAAUGCAUAACAAUUUCCAUAUAGUGUUGUAUAUAUACAAUUGUGUGUCAAAGAGCUGCACACUGAUUUUCAUAUGAGAAUGUUUUGUGAUGUAAAUGUAAUACUACAUUAUAGGCAGUGGCCUCCCUGUAUUUGAAGAGCAGGUUUUCAUUUAUAUGUAUUUUUGGGAUGUAAAAUAAUAAAAUUUGUAAAUAUAGCCCAUAUCUUGGCAGGAGAGUGUUGGUCCUGUUGAAGCAGCAGUGUUUUCUGAAUUGGCAGCGAAGGGAUUUCCCUUCCCAGGAUAGUCAGAAUUGGGGCAGGUUAUAUAGAGUGGGCCCCACUGAUUCACCCUCAGGGGAGAUGGAGAGAAGGUGCUGCUGACACGUCAGCCACUUGCCUGCUAACUAUUCCUCUUGGGUGACACUUACGAUACUAUUAGAUUGUCCUCUAUACUGUUUUUCCGUUAAGGUCCCACAUACCCUUAUGUACUCAGGGGAGCUGCUGAGUAAUCUUUAUUCAAAAGAAAUGAAAAGACCCUCUUUGAAGAGUGAACACUUAAUAAAAUUAGUUACAUGUAAGAUUAGGUGAAGGGAAGUUGUAACCAUGUAAGAGCAAUUACCGACCCCCCCCCACUGUGUUGGACAUGGGCUAUUGUAACAACUAUUUGUUGAAUUUUGAUACGUCCCAUAGAUCACAGGUUGCAUAUGUGCAUGAGUUUCAUUGUGAUGGAUUUUUCUGUUGGUCAAGGGAUUAGCACUAAUCUCGCAUCCCACUCCAGGGCCUCCUUGUUCGAUCUGUGCUAUUCCUACUGCUUCCCGGAGGAGGCCUUCGACUUGGCUUCACACACCAUCCUGGUGGGCACUGUGAUGGAUGGCCACUUGGCUUACAUUUUUCAGUAAGAGGCUCCAAUUAUGCAGUAAACUUUCGCUUCCUGGAUUAAGAGAUUCUUUAUGUCAAAAAUAUAGGAAGGUGCUCCCUACCCCUCACUUUUUCUUUUUAAGUAACAAGGUUAAAGAAAAGACACUACCCAUCUCCAAAGCCAGAUAUCACCCUCAGAGUUCUCAUUUGAAGCUGAUAUAAUCCUAAAGCUUUCUCCUGAGUUAAUUCAUUGCUUAGAAACUAAUGUUCAUCUAAGCUUUUUGCAAAUUCUUUACUUCCUACAUUUUCUUCACCCUACUUAGCUUGUCUGUAAAUCAUUGUCAAAAUCAAGUUACCUCCACAACAGCCCUUUGCUUCUGGGACCUUCCUCCAAAUCCUCUGUGGUGGUCCACAUGUCUGAAAAGGUGUGGGACCGAAUCUUUAGAUUUUCCCCAUCAAGCCUUUUCCUGGGCAUCUGGUUCCCUCAUUCAAACACUGACCAACGAGAGCUCAUUAAGCGCAGCUGGUGAUGUAGCUUUCAAAUACUUUCAUUGUAUCCUUGUGAUAAGUGAGAGCACAGUAAUCAAUUAAGUUAACCAAAAAAUUUUUUUGAUUGUUUUAUUGAGUAUGUUUGAUAUGGUGCCCAAAUGGUUAUAUUUUUUAACAUUUUUCCCUUUGGGGAGAUUGUGGAUGUGAAGAAUGAAAUGAUACAAUGUUAAUCAAAGCCUAAGAGUGACACACAGCAUGCCCCUGGGGAUGUGAGUU